GUCCCUUCCAGUCCUCCCGCUACCGGCGCCUGGCCCUGCGUGUGAAGGCGGAGGAGGAUGAUGCCGGCUCUGGCCGGGUGCGGGCCGCGCUGGGGCGGCCUCUACCGGCUCUGCCUGCGGGGCCGUGCCUGCCGCGGAUGGCAAACUUCAGUGAACUGUGGAAGCAUCUGUCAUGUACUCCUGUGCAACCGUCUGUCAGUCCAGUCACUAAGCCAAGUGAGAGCAUAUGCUUCCAAUGGUCAGAAAAAAAGCCCUGGAUCACAGAAUACGAAUGAAUCCACCUCAGAAACUGCUAUGCCCAAAACUGGAACAGCACGGGAUACUACUAGCAUAGGCCAAAAGACACCUUUCUCACAAAACUCAAUCCAAGUAAAAGUUAAAGCAGUCCUUAAAAAGAGAGAGUAUGGACCAAAAUAUACACAGAAUAAUUUCAUCACUGGAGUGAGAGCGAUAAAUGAAUUUUGUCUUAAAUCCAGUGAUCUGGAACAGCUGAGAAAAAUUAGACGACGAAGCCCCCAUGAUGACACUGAAGCUUUCACUGUGUUUUUACGAUCAGAUGUAGAGGCAAAGUCUUUAGAAGUUUGGGGUAGCCCAGAAGCUCUUGCUAGAGAGAGAAAACGACGUAAAGAAGCAGAGAUAGAAUACAGAGAAAAUUUGUUUAAAAAUCAGAAGUUACUGAAGGAAUACAAAGACUUCUUUGGAGACACAAAGCCACGCUCCAGCACAGCAGCUAUGAUGUUCAAGGGACCAGGGAAGGUGGUGAUGGUGGCUAUAUGCAUAAAUGGGUUGAAUUUCGUCUUCAAACUACUUGCUUGGGUUUAUACUGGUUCUGCAAGCAUGUUUUCGGAAGCUAUACAUUCUUUAGCAGAUACUUGCAACCAGGCUUUACUAGCACUGGGCAUCAGUCAGUCUGCAAGGACACCAGACUCUAGUCAUCCAUAUGGUUUCACCAACAUGCGUUAUAUUGCUUCCCUAAUUAGCGGAGUCGGCAUUUUCAUGAUGGGUGCAGGACUUUCCUGGUAUCAUGGAAUUAUAGGUUUACUUCAUCCUCAGCCCAUAGAAUCUCUUCUUUGGGCGUAUUGCAUCUUAGCAGGAUCGCUGGUGUCUGAAGGAGCUACUCUUCUUGUUGCUAUAAAUGAAAUUCGAAGAAGUGCCCGAGCCAAGGGUCUCUCAUUUUAUCAAUAUGUCAUACAGAGUUGUGAUCCCAGUACAAACGUAGUGUUAAUGGAGGAUGCUGCCGCAGUUUUGAGUGUAGCAAUAGCUGCUACUUGCAUGGGUCUGACUUCUUUUACAGGCAAUUCUUACUAUGACAGCAUGGGGUCUUUAGGGAUAGGAUCUUUGUUAGGAGCUGUUUCGGCAUUUCUCAUCUACACCAACACAGAAGCACUUUUGGGACGGUCCAUCCAACCUGAGCAUGUACAGCGACUAACUGAAUUACUGGAAAGUGAUCCUGUUGUAAGAGGAAUUCAUGAUGUUAAAGCCACAGACAUGGGAAUGAGCAAAGUGAGAUUCAAGGCAGAAGUAGACUUUGAUGGACGGGUUGUUACUAGUUCUUACCUGGAAAAACAAGACAUUGAACAGCUGCUACAAGAAAUUCAGCAGGUGAAGACACUAGAGGAACUAGAAGCUUUUAUGCUGAAGCAUGGAGAGAAUAUUAUUGACACCCUGGGAGCAGAAGUAGAUCGGCUUGAGAAGGAGUUAAAGCAACGUAAUCCUGAUGUUCGUCAUGUGGAUUUGGAAAUAUUAUAGACUUAACAGAAGUCCUUUGAAUUUUCCCUUUUGGAAAGAAUAUUGUAAAUGGUGGAACAGCUAUUGAACCUGCAGCCAUCUAAGUACUUUACUUUACCUCACUUCAUGCUGUAGGUUCCUGGACUGUUAGAACAGAUUCAGUUUCUGGAAAAGGAUUAGACUCAAAGGCAGCAAUUUAUGUUGAACUGAU